AUGGCCGCCGUUGUGGAUCCCAAAGAAGAAAUCGAAAAGGAAUGUGAAGAACAUCACUGUCACAACCUAAAGGAAAAGUUCGACGCUUGCCAGGCAAGAGUAACGGAAGCAGAUUCAUCACAUGAAAGCUGCGUAGAGGAAUUCUUUGACCUUAUGUAUGUUGGGAAUAUCAGUCAGCAGAGCGAUGAGCAAGAGCUCUCAUCAAUCUUUGGACGUAUUGGAACAUGCUCAGUGAAGGUCAUAUUUGACAAAACUGCACCAACAAAUUAUGGCUUCGUCGAAUACGAAACACACGAACAAGCCGCUGAAGCAAUCGCCCAACUCGCAACUCACAGAGUCCAUGGCAUCCCCAUUCGCGUGAAUUGGGCAAUGUCUGGCUCCAAAGGACCAGUCGAAGACAUUUCAAAACACUUCCAGCUAUUCAUCGGUGAUCUAAGUCAAGAAGUCAAUGACGAGAUAUUAAGACGAGCCUUUGCACCCUUUGGCUCAUUAUCUGAAGCGCGAGUAAUGUGGGACUUGACAUCUGGAAAGAGUCGUGGAUUUGGGUUUGUGAGUUAUCGAGAACGUGAUGAUGCCCAGCAAGCGCUUGAUACCUUGAGUGGCAGCUGGUUGGGGAAUCGUGUUAUUCGGAUAAGUUGGGCAAAUGAGAAGCCGGCUCCUAAACCUGAUCAGGAUUAUGUAGCACCCCUCCAAUUCGAUGAGAUUGUAUCUCAAUCACUCACCAACAGCACCGUCUACGUGGGCAAUCUCUCACCACUAACAACCAAUAUCGAACUGCUGGAAUUCUUCCAAGCUCAUGGAAACGUGUUGGAAUUACGGAUGCAGCCUGAGCGUGGAUUUGCUUUCAUUAGAAUGGAUACGCAUGAUGGUGCAGCCCACGCUAUAGUAUCAGCGCAUGGUGUCGUGAUGCAUGGGAAAACGCUACGAGCAUCAUGGGGCAAAGAACGCGCUUCUCCACCAGCAACACCCCACACAGACCCGUCAACACCAAACCGAUACCCACUAUACACACCCAGCACAUCGCCAACACACACUGACGGUAGUUCAAACAGCAGUAAUGGCUUGACCAACCUACCCUCUCAACACCGUCAAAUAAUACAACAAGACCACCAGAUAAUACAACAACAAAUGCUCCAACAGCAACAGCAGUUACAGAAUACACCACCAUCGUACAUACCGCAACUACCAUACUACCAAGCAUACCAACAACAACAGCAGCAACCACAAAUAACUUAUCAGCAACAAUUAUACCAGCAGCAGCAAUCCUACCAACAGCCUAUUUAUCAGCAACAGCAAGUCGUAUCAUACCCGCCAUCACACUACGCCUCAUCAACAUACACUUCCCCAACACGAACCGUCGCAUCAUCAGAAAACAGUCCACGCACGACAACGGUCGCAACAACAGAACAUCCAAUCCAUCUGCCAUCGGAUCUAAUGGUAGACGUGCUGGGAGAGCGGUCGUAUAGCAAAGGGAACGUGGACAGUGGGAUGGAUUUAUCGUAUGGUCAGACGCUCAAGGAUAAAGUUACGGGCGCGUGGCCAGAGUAUAUGCCGCCCAAGGGGUCAACUUUGUAUGGAUCCAGGUUGCAGCGAUAUCCUGGCUGGGUACACGACCCAAUCUCCGACUCUCUAGUCUGGCUAGUCUCUACGAAACCAUCCCCAAUCGCAGCAGAACAUACUCCGUAA